AUGGAGACGCACGUCGCGGCGAUCCACGCAUCGCUCGACCAGCUGCAUGCGCUGCAUGCGCGUACCGCCGAGUCGUCGAGACGGCGUCCCUACUUUACCAACGCCGUGCUGAACCCCGCGCACGUGGACAUCCUCGAGCUGAUCCGCGAUGCCGACGCAUUCGAGGCCUCCCUGUUUGUGGCGCCCGCCAAAGGCGAGCGCACCAGCGCGCCCGAGGCGCCCAAGCCGGCACUGCGCCCUGUGCCGGUGCCGUCGCCGCUGAAACAUCCGCGCACCGAGCCGUGCGACGCACGCACCUACCUGCUCGCCGCCGAGAAACUCCUGCAGAACUACCACAACGCACCGCGCGCCCGCAAGCACAUUCGCAUGCUGCUCCGGCGCGAGGGCGAGCUGCAGCGCCACAUAACGCGGUACCAGGCUACCAUCGAGCAGGCAAGCAAGGCGCAGGCGCAGCAGGCGUCCGCAGGGCCGGCCGCGGCGCCGUCGCCGACGCGUGCGCCGACCGUCGAUGCCGCCAAGCUGCAGCGCGUCAAGGACGAGAUCCAGCGCGAGCGGAUGGAGAUCCUCGCGCUAGAGUCCCUGCUGGGCGAGUACGAGUCGAGCGCGCCGCCUAGCAGGCCAGCCUCGGCGGCAGCCAGUCCAGCGCGAGCGCCUGCGACGCCCGCCAAGCCCGCGCCGACGCCGACCAAAGCGAGCACCGAGGCGCGGCACCGCACGCCUGGCAUGUCGGCGACGCCGCGCCGCGCCCUCGCCGGCAGCGUAUCGCGUGCGGAGACGCCCAAGACGACGCCGCGCCGCGCCGCGCUGAGUGCAAGCACAUCAUCAGCGGCCCGCGCAUCGCCUGCCACACCACGGCGCGCAUCGCCCGUGCGCGCGUCGCCUGCGCCGUCACAGACGACGCCGCGCCGCACGCCCGGCUCGCGUCCCCUCGCGCACUCGGUCAGCGGCACGCCGACGCAGAGCGGCACGCCGCGCCGCGCCCUCGCGCGCCCACCGCCCAGUGGCGCGGCGCUCGUGCCGAUGGGCACGGUGCCGCCUGCGACCGAGGCGCUGGAGCGCAUGGCCGCGCAGGUCUGGGAGCGGUUUGGCGAGGUCCUGCGGUAUGCGCGCCCGGGAUGUGCGGCCGCCCCCUUUCCCGACACGUUCCAGGCCCUGCGCCAGGUCGAGCAGGGCGUGCCGCGGGACGAGGGUGCGCCGGCGACGUACGGCAAGGCGCCGAACCCGAGUGGCCCCCUGAGCUGCGCUGGUGCAGCAGGUCGGCCUCGAUCCGACGGACAUUGA